AUGGCGGUUCUUGAAACGCCAUGGUUCAUGAAAACAAAGACCUCUGACCUAGGAAGAGUAAAUCAGGUCUUCGAGGAAAGAUAUCAGAGAUCCUUGACAUUGAUAGAGAUGAAAAAAAGGAAGAGCCUCGUGAAAAUCGAUCAAGAAAUGAACGAAUUGAGAAGAGACUUUCGAAGAAUCCGCACAGAGGUGGACUUUUCAACCGACCUUGAUGAAAAUGGCAAACCAAUUAAUACGGAUGAAUUGAGGAGCAAGUCAACAGGUGAUCUGCCUGUGACGAAUGGAUCCUGUGCAAUAGAUAUUGAAAAACUUCGAACAAGGAGCGCCUUAAGUAGAAGUAGACGAUUUGCUAAUCUAGCGAGGGCAAACAGAAGGAAAGCCGCUAAACCCCCGAUUAUAGAACUGCUCAAGGAAAGGUAUAGCCAAGAAAAUGAAAUCGAAAGACUUCAAAUGCAACUUCGUGACAAGGUCAAACCAAAAAGAGCAACAAAAAUAAAGCGGAAGAAACGCCGUGAUCCCGGAAAAGUUACAGAGACGAACAUUUUAACCAAUGGCGACGAUAUUGCCAAUGAUUUCAGGAUUCCCCGUUUACCUUUACUUAACGGAUACGCGGAAACGGAGGAUUCGUUAUCCGAAAUGAAGGACUCUUCGCGAGAUCGACGCUUCAGCAUCGGAUCCCCUCGAAAGCAUUCCAGAGAUCACUUGCCUGCUAUUGAGAAAGCGAACAUGGGGAAGUCUGCGGCUGAAAAGAUGCGAGAGUACCGUCAGCGGCUGAAAGAUAAUGCUGAAAAGUACGAGGCGUACCUGACAAAAGCAAAGCAGCGAAAGAAAAGAAACUAUGUACUGGUUAAUCAGUUGUCAUCCACAGAGAAGAAAAGACGCCGCGAAAAAAACAGAAAUGAUGUGCGUGCGCACAGGAUUAAGAAAAGGAUAGAGAGAGUGGAUAUACCACAGCCAUCGCUGCGAAAGUGUCAAAUUAAUGUGCCUCUUAACCCAGAAAGGUUCAUUGAAGAUGCCAACAACAUAGAGAAAAUAAAAGCUGAAAUUCCCAACGAAAUCGAACUUGGUCGAUGGAAAAGAGUAGCAGUUGACGACAAGGGAAAAAAGAAGAUGGUAAUGAAGGUGGUGGCAAGUACAUUGAAGAAAGAGGACUUUUUAAAGCAGAUGGAACAGCAGAUAGUGGAUUUCUCAGCUCAUGUUGGAAGGAGAACUACAGCUGCCGAAGCGUAA